UCACAUAUACUCGCUCAAAAAAGGUUGGGAAGUGGCUUUCUCUGUCUUCAGUCUCUGUCUGUGUCUGUCUCUCCCAGCUUUCUGAGGGCGAAAAAAUUAAAUGCUAAGUAAAGGCGAAGAUAGAUUUAUUUGUAGGAGUAGGAGCGAUUUGGGCGUAAAGAUGAGCAUGGUUAGGACUCAGGGAAGCUUCCUCGCGAUCCGUACUCUAUCCCCUUCAUCGUCGAUCCCCCGAUGCUCUCACGGUUCUGCUUCUUCAGAUGAUGCAACUUGUGGGACGCCUACAUGGAUUGGUAAAGGCCUUACAUGUGUUUGCUUCAAGCGAAAGGGAAAUUAUGAGCGGAUCUGCAUUAACAUGACACCUCAACAGGAAGAAAGACUGAGAAGAUUGAAACACCGAAUGAAGGUUUAUUUUGAUGCUUCUAGGCCAGAUCACCAGGAUGCUUUGAAAGCUCUAUGGUCUGCUACAUACCCUGGUGAGGAGCUCCAUGGCCUGAUAUCUGAUCAAUGGAAAGAAAUGGGAUGGCAGGGAAGAGAUCCAUCAACUGAUUUCAGAGGAGCUGGAUUCAUUUCUUUGGAGAAUCUGUUGUUCUUUGCAAAGACCUUUUCGGCAUCUUUUCAACGUCUAUUGAAAAAGCAAGGAGGAAAGCGAGCUGAUUGGGAAUAUCCAUUUGCCGUUGCUGGUGUAAAUAUCACUUUCAUGAUCAUGCAAAUGCUUGAUCUCGAUGCAUCAAAACCCAGGACGUUUAUCAGAGCAGUGUUCUUGCAGAUGUUGUCGGAAAAUGAGUGGGCCUUUGACUUGCUGUAUUGUGUGGCUUUCGUGGUAAUGGACAAGCAAUGGCUCGAUAGAAAUGCUACAUACAUGGAGUUCAAUGAUGUUCUAAAGUCCACUCGGACUCAACUGGAAAGGGAACUUCUUAUGGAUGAUGUCCUACGGAUAGAAGAAAUGCCUUCUUAUAGUCUUCUCUGUUAAUGGUAGUCUACCUGAAAGCGAGUGCAGGAAUUCUGAGACCAGUUCAGUCCUUUCUAUCCACGGAUGACCUUAAAGUUGUAAAAUCUCUCUCUCUCUCUCUCAAUACAUCAUACAUACAAAGGCAGGUACCAAGACUUUUGUAUGUAACUGCAAUAGAUUUCACCACCAUGAUUAGCGAUAUUGUACUUAUGAUUUUGAGUGAGCUGCCACUGUUUGUUAUGAUGUAAUUAGCGACUGCUGAUCAGAAUACAAGUUGGAUACUCAGGUAACUCAGCUUUGACUGCUGAUGAAA